GGAGUUAAAUAUGGCUGGAUCAGAUCGGGUUGCUGCAUGAACGACAGACAGAAGCAUUAUCGCUUGAUGCAGAGCAAAGCUAAACGGCUAUCUGAUAAACACAAAGAAAUGGGUUUCCUGUCGUUGUUUCCUUCUGCUCCAGCAACAUGAUAAUCUUGAAGCUGCUGAAGGCUAUAUAAAAUGUGAUUAAUUAGUCCCCAUUUGGUGGGAAAUGAAAUACAUCAGACUCCUUUGAGUAAUUAAGAACUUAUGGCGUUGAAACAAGUAGCUCAUUAUUGAUAAGAAAUGGCCAUGGUGGGAGUGGCUCGAGUGGGAGCAGCUGGAAUCUUGACAGCCUUGGAGUUCUGCAUUCACAGCCAGAGCCACUGCUGCACGAGUGAGUUCAUUGCAUAGAAUGUAAUCCUCCGUUAAUAUAUGGUAGAGUUUUGUAUAAUUUUCUCCAUUUCAAAUUUCCUACAACGAGAGUAAAAAUAGGAUGGACAUUUUUGUCUUUACAAUUAAAGAUUUAUUAUAAAUAAAAAAUAUCAAUAUCAAGAUUUGAACCCGUGUCUUUUCAAAUAAAGAAGACAAUCAUAACCAAUUACACUAAAUGAAUUUGUUGUUUCUAUUUGAAUACAAAACAUGCACAAAGUUAAACUCUGGAAAGUGAAUGACUUUUAUAUCAUGAUCAACAAGCCCACUAAGUCUACCGUAUGUAUUUUUAUGGUGCUUAAUACUUCAAUUUCCAUAGUAAAGUUUCAUGUAAUUUUCUACAUUUUAAAAUUCAUGCUCUCUCCUUAAUUUUCGCUUAACUUAAAUUUGUAAUUGGCUAACAUGGAAGAAACUAUUUCUUUACUAUAUGUUGUGUCAUUGCAUUUUUUAAUUUAAAUUUAAAUUUUGUACUUUUUUAUCUUUGUUCUUGUCUCUUUCGAACUUCAUCCGAAAGUCCCUCCAUCGUGCAAUAGUUUGGCCCUUUCACUUCCCAGUACAAGGGGAGCAGAUCGGGUGAGUAACUAAUGGGUGAGUAACCCAUCAGUAACCCCUCUCUCCUCUCUCCACGUGUCAAUUACUUUUUUUUUAAUUAAAUGCUAAAGGGCAGUAAGGUAAAAUGCAUUUAUCUCAUAUUUAUUGCUGACGCGCUGACGCGUUGACUUUUGACCGACCACAUCAGGACCUCCUUCUCUCUCAUCGAAAAACCUUUAAUUUUCCUUCUCUUAAUCUUUAACGGACGAUUUCUCACUCGUUUUAAGUCGAAAUUUAAUUUUUUUUGCACAGUUAGAUCAGAUUAAUUAUGCUCUUCAAAAUGAUAUCCACUUUGAUAUUUUUUUGACACAAAAUUUUUUUCCAGUUAUUACCAGUCUAUACCAUAUGGUAUAGUGUGGUAAUAUCAAUAUAUAUUUCGUUACCACCCAAUACCAUAUGGUAUAGUGUGGUAAUAUCACACAAUACCAUAUGGUAUAGAGUGGUAAUAUCAAUAUAUAUUUUGUUACCACGCAAUACCAUACAUUAACAUAGGGUAUAGUGUGGUAAUAUCAAUAUAUAUUUCGUUACCACCCAAUACCGUAUGGUAUAGUGUGGUAAUAUCAAUAUAUAUUUCGUUACCACCCAAUACCAUAUGAUAUAGUGUGGUAAUAUCAAUAUAUAUUUCGUUACCACACAAUACCAUAUGGUAUAGUAUGGUAAUAUCACACAAUACCAUAUGGUAUAGAGUGGUAAUAUCAAUAUAUAUUUCGUUACCACGCAAUACCAUACAUUACCAUAGGGUAUAGUGUGGUAAUAUCAAUAUAUAUUUCGUUACCACCCAAUACCAUAUGGUAUAGAGUCAUAAUAUCAAUAUAUAUUAUCUAAAAGGAAAAAAAAAACAGAAGGAGGGAGAGAAAAAAUCGUCUUCUGAUGCCUCUCAUUUCCUCUUCCUCAAUCAAGAACACCAAAAUGCCAAAAAAAAUGAGAAAGAUCGGAAUUGAGGCCAACGAGUUGAUGAAGAGAAGAAAUGCAAAGAAAGAGAGUGGCUACAAUUUUUAUUCGUCGAUUGCUAGAAAAAAAAAUAAAGAAGGAAGAGAGCAGAUCUAAAUUUGAAAAGGAGAUUGUGAAAGAAAAAAUAAGAGAGAAGGAAUAGAGAAAGAGAAAGGAUCUAGAAAGAGAUUGAAAGAAAAGAAGAGAGAAGGAAGAAAGUUGAGUUGCAGAGAAAAUGCAUUGUCUCUCUUUCAUUGAAAAGUCAGCCAUUGAAAUGCGGAAUGAAUAAUAAAAAUUAAAAAUACAAAAACGGACAAAAAUGCCCCUCCCCACCCCACAUCCAGCCCAGCCACAUGAUUGCUCCAUUCCCAAUCCUACGGCUCCCGUGUGGUUACUGAUGGGUCAGUAACCAGUGGUUACUGACCCUAUCUUGGACCGAGUACAAGGGCGCAAUUGAAAAUUAAUCCUACAUUUUAAGUUAGGCAAGUAGAAGAUUUCAUAUCCGAUAUCAAUCCAUGUCGAAUAGAAUGGAGUCAAUCAAGUAGUUAUGAUUUGAACUUCGAGUAGAAGAUCAGUUGGAAUUGAGUUUGAGAAUGGAAGUGGUGGGGGGGGGGGGGGGGAAUCGUGUUUGGAUUUGGUAGCAGGUAAAGUUCCACUACAGCAGGUGAAGGCAGAGAAGACGGAGUUGGAGAGGGUAGUGAACGAAUUGAGGAGGGUAUUGAAAGACAUGGAAGCGAAACUGGAGCAGUUAAAGAGAGAGAAGUGAGAGAUUAUGAGGAUAGUAAGGAAAAUGGAGAGGGUAUUGAAGGCAGACAAGGGGAGAUGAACAUAUUGAUGGAAUUGGAGAUGAGUGUUGGUUUUAGCGAACUUAUUACAACUGCCACUUAUGAAUAUGAGUUGACAAAACACAAGAAGAAGAUUGAGGAGUUGAAGAGCGAGUUGACAAGAACCCCAAUUGGAAGAGAAAUUGAGGGCCACAAAGAGAAAGUUCAUCAAAGUAGCAGAAAUGGAGUUAUAGAAGGAGAAUUAAAAAGUGAAUGUUUGGUUGAAACAUAUGCCUCUUGAGAUUGAAAAUAGAGUGGAUAAAAAUUUGGUCGUUCAACGGAGAGUGGUGGCUAUUGAGUCUUUAGGUUUAUGGUUUUUGCAGCUACCACAACCUAUUUCUAUCUUAAAACGAGGAAUCAUUGAUUGAUUUACUGAAGUAGGUCGAUUAUUUAUUCAACUUACUUGAACUAAUAGAUAAGGAAUGUCUAAUUUUGUGCCUUAUGACUUUGAUCAAGUCUAUUAGUAUAUUGGAGGUAACCCUAAUUUGGUCGUUUGCUCUCAAGUUUUGAUGAUUCCCUCUUAGUUUAGCUUUUUGUAUAUAGUUGAUGAUUUGAACCAACAACUCUCCAUUUCUUUUUAAUUAGUGGCAUACUGUUCCUAAAAGGCGAGCAUUGAACCCUUUAUGUAGGAUUGUGAGGUUUCAGAUUCAGUUUCAAACUAUAUAUGGGUCGUGUGGUAAUUCCAGUGAGGUUUUAUAUUCUAUCUUUCUUGACAAUCAACUAACCAAUAUAAUAUUAUCAUUAUGAAAACGAAAUCUAUGACACAUUUUUAUAUUCUUAAAUGAUGAUGGUAUUUCUUCGAGUGUUCGACCUAUAUAUGCUUUCUUUAUGUAUCAUCUCGAUUGAAGGAAUGUCAAAAAAUUAAACAAGUUAAUAGUCUUAAAAAGUAAUAUAAAAAUAUAAAUAAUCAAAUAUGAUCAUUCCGGCCAACGGGCCGGGUUAUAAGCUAGUAUAUUAGUAUGGGAAAAUAAUAUAGCAUUUUCUUACAUUUGAUUUUGCAGCAUUGCUGGUGGUGGUGGAUCCUGGGCAGAAACAGAGGAAACAGGGAACAAGUUUGUCAGCAAUGGUUCAUGCAAUACAAUUUGCUGUCACAUGCUUCCCUCCCUCUCUCUCACUGCCAUAAUGGGCUGGAGCUCCAUUGCCUUUGACAUGGAGAGAUGCAAGCCAAUGUCAUACAUAUAUCCACUGUCUUGGCUCUGUCUAGGAUCCAUUAAGGCGCUUGCAGCUACCAUUGCUAUGUUCCCCAUCAACUAUGCAAUGAUGAGAAAAACUCGGUUUUGUCAGGGAGCACCUCUACCUGACAGCAAUUCUUCUUCUUGUUAUCAAUUGCUACAAUCUCAACAUUCAGAUCAGGGAAAUAACCGACGAAGAAAUGGCUUCUGCUUGCCAUGUUCGAUCCAUCAGUUGGAGAGGCUGAGAUCCUCUCAGCCAACAUCUUCAUCAUCUAAUUUGAGUGGUCUCAAGGAGUUGUAUCAAUCCAUCGACGAUUACCUUCAGCUGCAAGCAACCCAAAAAUCAAUCUCCAACAAUAACUCAAUCGAUAAGGCACUUUACGGAUCCCUCAGGUUGCUAGAUUUUUGUGGUUUCACAAGAGACAUCCUCUCACAAAUAAAGGAGAUCCUGGAAGAGCUUCAAUCAUCACUCAGAAGGAAGAGAGGAAGCCAAUCAGUUGAAGCUUAUAUGGCUGCCAAGAAGCAGCUAAGCAAACACGUAUGCAAGUGUUUGAGAUAUAAAGAGUUCACAGAAGAACUGCAGCUGCUCCCAGCAUUGUAGUUGGAACUCCUUUAUAGCCAAUAUUUCUUCUCGCUUACUCGUUUUAAUUGAGCUUGCAUUGGCACAUAUUUAAGGUAGAAUCAAUCAAUUAGAGCUUCUCAUAUCAAAAUCGAAUUGCUCGAUGUUUUGAUUCAAUCAACUACUAAUAUAUAUGUCAAUUUUUG